AUGCCAGCAAAAAUUUUCCUAGCAACUUCAAUCGUCGCCGCACUUUUUAUCGGCCUCUCCUAAGGAGUUCAACUUAGAACUAAGACUUCAUCAAUCAUAAAUUCCAAAUUACAAGCAGGUCUUCUUAACCAGAAAACAUAAGCUAACUCACAGAUUAAGAGACUUGAAGAACCUUAUGAGUUGGAACCUGAAGAUUAUCAGGCCCUCGAUGACCUUGCACUAUUGGCUUUCAGAGUAAGACACGUCAGUGGAAUGCAUGUAACUGCUUACACUUCAAUCUACUAAUUCUAGUCUGAAUAUAAAAAGCUAGCAAAAGGAGCAUUCUCUGAAAGAUAAAGCUUCUAAAGAUGGUUAAAUGAUGAAGCUGAAAGAUUGAGAUCUUUUGAAGAGGGAAUGGUCGAUAAACUAUUAAGUGAUAAAGAUCAGGAAGUAUAUGAAGAAAAAGAAGAUUUCGUUAGUCAAUUCCCUGAUUAUGAUCCAAAUGAAUGGCAUUUAUCUAAACUUGAAGCAAGCGAUAUCUACUCUCUUGUUGAUACAGUGACUUCAUACGAUAACUCCAUUGCCAUGAACGAUACUCUAACUGAAAUUGUUAACUAAGUUGCCAAUGCCACCUCAGAAGAUGAAUUCCGUCAAGCUUAUUAUCCUAUCCUUGAUAGAUUGUGGAGAAGAGUAGAUGAAAAUACUGAACAUCAUUAAAAAUAAUUGAGAAUAUAAUACGAGGGUGAGGAAGAAGAAGAAAGUGGAAAUUAUUCAAAUAACACAUACAACUACGACUCAGAAGAAAAUGAUACCUCAAACUAAACUUAAAAUAGUACUUUUUCAGGCAUUCAAAUAGAUGAACAGGAUAUGAAGCAUGUAAAUGGUUUGAUUGAGAAAGUUACUACUGAUGAGUACGAGGCUACUAAUCUCCUCAAUAGAAUUAUUGGUAUGGCUGAACAUGCUGAAACUUAUGAUUAAUGGUGGAAUGAAUACAUCACUCUAUACUGGCAAUUAGUUGAUGAGUUCGAAAAUAGAUAAAGAUAAAAUCAAUGA